UUCUGCAGGGUCCUUAGGAUAUUGGCCUUUCUCAAUCUGUCAUGGUAAUUUUGGUUUGGUAUUGUCAUUUAGUAAAACUAAAUAAAACGUGCGUGCAAAUUCACUUUGCUGCUCUUUGAAAGUUUAAGGCCCCGUGGUGUACGGGUGUGCGGCGUAUUAUUGUAUUAAAGUAAUUAAAAGGCAAGCCCCACGUUGUCAUAACUAUUCCUUAUCAUUUUAAAUACAUAAAUAGUUCAUCUCGAAUCUCGAUAACUCAGUAUAGCUGUAUUUACUACGGGCCACAGAGCUGAGGCAGUUGUCCGGUGCUGAUGAAAUCAACGAUUACACUUGAAGAAGUAGUGAAUAAAUUAGAUCACUUCGCGUUACCCCUAACAACCAGAAUGCCGAACAUCAAAGUUUUCAGUGGAAGCUCACAUCCUGACUUAGCACAGAAAAUCGUCGACCGACUCGGUAUCGACCUCGGCAAAGUGGUAACCAAAAAAUUCAGUAACAUGGAAACGUGUGUGGAAAUAGGUGAAUCUGUACGAGGUGAAGAUGUUUAUAUUGUGCAAAGUGGAAGCGGUGAAAUUAAUGAUAACUUAAUGGAGCUACUAAUUAUGAUUAAUGCUUGUAAAAUCGCGUCGGCGUCGCGUGUUACCGCCGUUAUUCCGUGCUUUCCAUACGCGCGACAAGACAAGAAGGAUAAAAGCAGGGCUCCUAUAACAGCUAAAUUGGUCGCUAACAUUCUUUCGGUGUCCGGCGCCGAUCAUAUAAUUACGAUGGACCUUCACGCGUCGCAGAUACAAGGUUUCUUUGACAUACCCGUUGAUAACCUCUUUGCUGAACCUGCUGUAUUAAAAUGGAUCAAGGAAAAUAUACCGGACUGGAAGACGAGUAUUGUUGUGUCUCCUGAUGCGGGAGGUGCGAAGAGGGUAACAUCUAUUGCAGACAGACUUAAUGUGGAGUUUGCUCUUAUUCACAAGGAAAGAAAAAAAGCAAACGAGGUUGCCUCUAUGGUAUUAGUGGGUGAUGUGAAAGACCGUACAGCUAUAUUGGUUGAUGAUAUGGCAGACACAUGUGGAACUAUUUGCCAUGCAGCAGAAAAAUUGAUAGAGGCUGGUGCGAUUAAGGUGUAUGCCAUACUCACUCAUGGUAUUUUCUCAGGACCUGCAAUAUCUCGCAUUAAUAACGCCUGCCUGGAGGCUGUAGUGGUAACGAACACAAUACCACAGGAAAGGCACAUGCAAGACUGCCCCAAAAUUCAAUGUAUUGAUGUAUCUAUGAUGUUGGCAGAAGCUGUGCGUCGUACUCACAACGGAGAAUCUGUCUCGUAUCUAUUUUCUAAUGUUCCAUAUUAGGUUAAUUUGUUAAGGUUCCAGCACUGACAAUAUUUUUGCUUGUGUUUGGAUUUAUUUUUUACUUAGUUUAUGGCAUGCAUCAGCAUGUUAAACUUUUUUUUUUAGUUGAAUUUGACCAACUUGUUAAAGAAAUGUUCUUGGCAACAUUAAACAUACACAAUGUAAAUUUAAAUGGGUACCAAAUUUACCUGCAUAUAAUUACGGGCUAAUAAAACUUCAUAAAGUAUUUCAAUGUCCAUUUUGAUGUUUCUUGAUAAAUCUGGUCCCUUAACAAACAACCUAAACUUUAGUUCAAAUGCAACUGCAAUGACAACUUGGUUACUUC